GAUGUGCCAAAAGGGCAUUGAAUGGGAUGAACCACUUCCUGGAGAGUUAAGACCCCAAUGGGAAAGCUGGUUAAAUGAUCUAAAGAACCUGGAAAAGCUUCAGAUCCCAAGAUGUUUCAUUCACAAAGAUCUGGGAAGAGUGCAGAGAACUGAACUCCAUCACUUUUCGGAUGCGAGUAGCCAUGGCUACGGUCAGUGCACCUAUAUACGAUUGCUCAGUGAAGACAAAGUCCACUGCUCUUUAGUCCUAGGUAAAGCGAGGGUUGCACCCACAAAGAUUGUUACCAUACCUAGACUCGAGUUAACAGCUGCAGUGGUCUCCUCAGCAGUCAGUAGUAUGCUUAGAGAAGAGCUGGAGCUCAAAAUUGACCAAGAAUAUUUUUGGACUGACUCUAAAGUAGUCUUGGGUUACAUCAAUAAUGACGCUCGAAGGUUCCACGUUUUCGUUGCCAAUCGAGUCCAAAGAAUCAGAGAAGCAACAGACCCUGCACAGUGGCACUACAUUGAUACAGACCAAAAUCCAGCAGAUCAAGCAUCCAGAGGCCUCAGUGUUUCAGAGUUGAUUAGUUCAGACUGGCUUACUGGACCAAAGUUCUUGUGGAGAAGAGAAAUUGUCAUGUUCAAGUCAACUCCAGAGCUCAUGGUGGGAGAUCCUGAAAUUAAAACAAUACAGGUUCUGAAAACCAAAGUAGUGCAAGAGGACAAUUUCUUGGAGAGAUUUAAUCGCUUCUCAAAAUGGCAUACAGCAUUAAAUGUGGUUGCUCGGAUCCAGCUCCUAGCAAAAAGAGACAAAAUACCAAAGCCCAUAAAUGUUGAAGACUUGAGAAAAGCCAGCAUUGUGCUCAUAAAAUUAGCACAAAGAGAUGCCUUCAAAAAGGAAAUGGAAAUACUGAGCUAUGACAAACUGCCAAAUAGCCAUCCAUUGUUCCAGCUUGACCCAGUGCUACAAGAUGGUGUCCUUAGGGUGGGAGGGCGACUUAAGAAAGCUAACUUACCUCUGGACUUGAAGCAUCCAGCUAUCCUACCUAAGGCAGGCGUGGUCACAAAUUUAAUCCUGGGUUACUGCCAUGAAAAAACUCAGCAUCAAGGCAGAGGGCAAACCCUCAAUGAACUGAGAGCUAAUGGUUACUGGAUCAUUGGUGGCAGCAAAGUUGUAGCCAACUACAUAAAACAAUGUGUUACAUGCAGGAGAGCUCGCAGACCAACAGAAACACAAAGGAUGGCGGACCUACCUAUUAAUCGUACUGAACCAUCACCACCCUUUUCAUACUGUGGAAUUGAUUGUUUUGGGCCAUUUCACACCAAGCAAGGUCGCAAAGAGCAAAAGAGGUAUGGUCUCAUAUUCACCUGUCUUUCAUCCAGAGCAGUUCACAUUGAAAUGUUGGACGACUUGACGACGGAUGCCUUUAUAAAUGCCCUACGGUGUUUCAUAGCUAUUCGUGGAGCUGUGAGAGAAAUCAGGUCUGAUCAAGGCUCAAAUUUUGUUGGGGCAAAAAAUGAACUGUCAAGAGCACUAAGGGAAGUGGAUAAAGACAGACUGACUGCUUACCUAGCCCAAAAACAAUGUGACUUCAAAAUGAAUGUGCCCGAUGCCAGUCAUAUGGGAGGUAUUUGGGAAAGGCAGAUCAGGACCGUUAGGAGUGUUCUAAGCUGGGUCUUAUCGCAGAGUGCUGGCAGAUUAGAUGAUGCUUCUUUAAGAACAUUCUUCUACGAAGCCAUGUCAAUUAUCAACAGCCGCCCACUGACCGUCAACACACUUAAUGAUCCAAAAAGCCUAGAGCCCCUUACCCCAAACCAUUUACUUACCGUGAAAGCUUCUGUUCCGUUGCCUCCACCAGGAAAAUUUGUAGCAGAAGAUAUGUAUGCCAAGAAAAGAUGGCGCAGGGUACAAUAUCUUACAGAGCAAUUCUGGUGUAGAUGGAGGAGAGAAUAUCUUGCAAACAUCACCCUCAGACAACGCUGGCAUUCUCCAAAACGUAAUGUGAAGAUUGGAGACAUUGUUUUUCUCAAAGAGGAAGAGAUUCCACGCAAUGAAUGGAGGCUUGGAAGAGUGAUUGAUUCUUGUAAAGAUGAAGAUGGAUUGGUGCGAAAGGUCACAAUACAAAUAGGAGAUAGAAAGUUAGGUAAAGAGGGUAAAAGACACAAUAACCUUUCCAUUCUGCAACGUCCUAUCCAUAAGUUAGUUGUACUCAUAGAAAACAACUAAAGUGUGUUUCAUUAGAAAUAAUUUAAACACUCACACAUAAACAAUAGAGUUUUGGAAACCUUAAAUGGAUGUAAGGGUUUUAUAAAUAAUUGUUUCUGGUAUGUUGUUCUGGAAUUACUAGAUUUAUUCAAACAUGUACAUUAAGUUUUUCAUAAAUCAAAGUAAUUGGUGGGAGUGUAAAUGUCUGUAAGACAGUUUAAAUGUUUUUUGUUAUUAAUUCAAGUUCAUUUCAAUUAAUGAAAAUUUAAACCGAAGGUAAAAAUGUAACAUGUAAUGUUAAGGAAGUGUAUGUGCAUGUUUCUUUAAAACUACGUGAUGUACACGUGACGCCAGUGUUCUAGCGCGGGACUAUGGAAUUGUGGGACAGAGUGUAGCAACGACAUGGACACGUUAACAUGCUGACAUGAUCGGCUUCCACAAAUAACUACGAUUUAUCUGCAUGUGGUUCAAAAGGCGCACACGUUUUCACGGUGUUUGAAGAGAGAGCGAGUGAGAGAGUGUGAAAAUAAAUUCAAACGACAUCAGUACGAUGCGUGGGCAUUAUUUUAUUGAACCAGUGC